AAUCCCUGUGCUAAUCACAGAUAAAUCAAAUAUUCAGAUGCCAAAGUGGAUUCAUGGAACAAACGAACAAUGUGACCAAAUUCAUUCUGCUUGGCCUGACACAGAACCCAGAUGUGCAGGAACUUUUGUUCACUGUGUUUAUAUUCAUCUACUUUCUCACUGUGGCAGGCAACCUACUCAUUGCCAUGACGAUCACUACCAGCAGAUUCCUGGACUCCCCUGUGUAUUUUUUUCUGUCCUUCUUGUCCUUCGUAGACCACUGCUGUUCUUCUACCAUGGAUCUCAAAAUGAUAUUUGACUUACUCAUUGAAAAGAAAACUAUCUCCUUCAUUGGGUGCAUGACUCAGCUCUUUGCAGAGCAUUUCUUUGGAGGAGUUGAGAUCAUCCUGCUCACAGUGAUGGCCUAUGACCACUCGGCCAUCUGCAAGCCCCUACACUAUAGGAUCACAAUGAACAAGUGAAUGCGUGUCCACCUAGUGGCCAUGGCCUGGGCUGGGGGAUUUCUUCAUGCUCUGAUUCAAAUUCUCUUUGUAGUCUGGUUGCCCUUCUGUGGCCCCAAUGUCAUUGACCAUUUCAUCUGUGACCUUUUCCCUCCUAAACUCUCUUGCACUGACACUCACAUCUUUGGACUUUUUGUUGCCGCCAACAGUGGGCUGAUGUGUCUGCUCAUGUUUUCUAUUCUUAUCACCUCCUACAUCCUCAUUCUUUACUCCCUAAGAACUCAUGGUACUGAAGGACAGUGUAAGGCUCUUAUCUGCACCUGCCAUGUUACUGUAGUUGUCCUAUUCUUUGUACCCUGUAUAUUUGUGUACCUUCAGCCCAUGGUCACCUUCCCCAUUUACAAAACAUUGGCUGUGUUUUAUACUAUGAUAACACCCAUGUUAAACCCUUUAAUCUACACCCUUGAAACUCAGGUGAAAAAUGCCAUGAGGAAGCUCUGGAGUCACAGAGUAAUCUUGGGUAACAAUUCAUGUGACUAG